CUGAUGCUAGCCACUGUUAGCUGUUGUUAGCAGCUGUUAGCUGUUGUUAGCACUGUAUCAUUAAAGAGUCCUCUUCUCUGUGCUGCGUUAAACAGGUUUAAUCAGAUUGAAACGGCUGAACCGCUCCUCUGGUUCGUGGAAGCUGAGCUCAGCGCGGCGAACCGCUGACCAGCGCAGGCUAUUGGAUGUGAUUGUUUGGUAGCCCCGGGUUAGCUUCAUAGCUAACUGAGCCAGCGCCACAAGCCAAGAGGAGAAAUGAACCAUAAGAGUAAGAAGAGGAUCAAAGAGGCGAAGCGGAGCGCCAGACCCGAGCUGAAGGACUCGUCGGACUGGAUCAAACACGGGUACCACGAGACGUUCGACCUGUCGCACCGAACCGUCAAGGACAACGUGGAGCGUGUGGACACCCUCCAUCUCAGUCCUGAAGAGUUCAUCCGGCGCUUCGAGCGACCCUACAAGCCCGUGGUCCUUCAGAACAGCCAGGAGAGCUGGCCCGCCCGAGAAAAAUGGACUCUGGAGCGACUCAAGCGCAAGUACCGCAACCAGAAGUUCAAGUGCGGGGAGGACAACGACGGCUACUCGGUGAAGAUGAAGAUGAAGUACUACAUGGAGUACCUGGAGAACACCAGGGAUGACAGCCCGCUCUACAUCUUCGACAGCAGCUACGGGGAACACGCCAAACGCCGGAAGCUGCUGGACGACUACCAGGUCCCCGUCUUCUUCAGGGACGACCUCUUCCAGUUUGCAGGAGAGAAACGCAGACCGCCGUACAAAUGGUUUGUGAUGGGUCCGGCUCGCUCGGGCACAGGAAUCCACAUCGACCCCCUGGGCACCAGCGCAUGGAACGCCCUGGUUCAGGGUCACAAGAGGUGGUGUCUGUUCCCCACCAACACGCCCCGAGAGCUGAUCAAAGUGAGCCGAGAGGACGGAGGCAACCAGCAGGACGAGGCCAUCACCUGGUUCAAUGUGGUGUACCCACGCACGCAGCAGCCCAGCUGGCCGCCGGAGUUCACGCCGCUGGAGAUCCUCCAAAAACCCGGGGAGACGGUUUUUGUGCCUGGUGGAUGGUGGCACGUUGUUCUCAACAUGGACACAACCAUCGCCGUCACGCAGAACUUUGCCAGCUCAACCAACUUCCCCAUCGUGUGGCACAAAACUGUGCGGGGACGACCCAAGCUGUCCAGGAAGUGGUAUCGUGUUCUGAAGCAGGAGCGGCCCGACAUGGCGGUGUUGGCAGACAAAGUGGACCUGCAGGAGGCGACAGGCAUUGCCUCAGACAGCUCCAGUGACUCUUCAUCAUCGUCCUCCUCCAGCUCGUCCGACUCUAAUGCAGAGUCCGGCUCUGAGGGCGACACCAUGUCCCACCGCAGGAAGAAGAGACGCACCUGCAGCAUGGCGGCCAACGGAGACACGAGCGGUCAGGACGACUGCGUCAGCAAAGAGAGGAGCUCGUCACGGUGACCUCCCGCCUCCGCCCCCUCCAACCCCCCGCCUGACUCCUUCUCCAGCUGCUUCAGGUUCCGUGUCUGAAUCCCAGAGUGACAGCCGUCUGGCUGCCUUUAGAGCCAAGAUGGCUGCCGCCGAGAAGCAAGGUGUAGAUAAAGCAGGAGGAUGGACACUUGCCACCAUUGUGCUUUAAACACCAUCACGAUUUUGUGUCUCUGAUGUGUGAAGACAAAUUCUAGCCAAUCAAAGACAGUUGUGGUUUGGGAGGCGGGUCUUUAAAACUCAGCUUCCUUCAGUGAGCUUGUGCUGAGACGGAGAGAACGAGACGUUUCCGAGGGUUUGUUCAAGAAUUCAAUCUGUCGACAAGUUCAGUCGUCAGAGGUUUAAACUUCUGCAGGUUAAAUCUCUGAAGUGGUUCUGAACGAGAUUAUCUGUGCACGUAAAACUUUAUUAAACUUAAACAGGAAACAGGUGAACGAUGACGUCACAGCAGCAAGUGCAAAUCAGAGAAUCUGCAGCUCAAGAAAACUCAAUUUGUUUCCUUCAAUAGGCCAAAACAUAGAUUUUAAAGGAGAUUUUAAAAACUUAAAUUGAUUUCACAAAAAUAUGUAUUUUUGCUUGUCCAGGUCACGUCAUUAAUUAAUUUCUGUAUCAGUUAUUGUUUGAUGCUGCAGGAAUGUAUUGAAAAACCUUUUUUCUCUAGUGGUUUUUCAAUCCGAUACUUGAAGUGUGACUGACGGGAGUUAAAUUCUACUCAUUGUGACAAAAACAACAUUUAAAAAGUUACAAAAAUAAUGAUUACAGUUAGUUUGAUGUUGAUCUGUCGUCUGAAGCUUCCUGUAAUAUUAUAACAUAAACACAAUCCUCGCCUCAUGGUUGAGAAGCAAAAUCACAUAGAAUCUACUUAAGUCAAUAAUAAAUCAUCUUUACAGAGAAAAAUUUAAAUGUUGGAAAAACAAAUGUGAAUUAAAAAAAAUUAAAGAAUAAAAUCGACUAGAGUCAAAAUGAUAAAGUCAUCAUAGUAGUUUCUACCUGUCAAGAUGGACAACAUGACGUCUCCUCAAAGUGAAGCCAAGCCUCUCAAUCGCCUCCUGGUGGCUGACUGCAGUACUGCUCAGAAACCUCUCCUCCAUGUUAGCAGAUGAGACCAAACUAGACAGUAGACAUUUAACAAUUUAGAACUACAUAUUGAAAAUUAUAAUUAUCAGCUCCUAUCUCACUGAUGUUUGCUGUGUUUCAGAUCAGUUUGGUAUUAAUUAGGUAUUUGUUGAUAUAAAAACAGGCUGAGACAUAGUGACUGACAGCUGAGACUGACUCCUGAUUGGUUAAGAGCGACUCUUUGUCUUUAGUAUGAAAUCUUCAAAUGUCCUUUCUUUUGUAAAACACGGAGACAUAAAGGUCAGACCUGGCGGCAGAACAGUUGAGGAAACUCAGAACACUGUAAGACGUGACGUCAUCAGCAGUCGGAACCAGAGGAGUCUUAACAUGAAAAAUGACGGAGGGAAUGGUUUGUGUUGCACGUGCAGCUGAUGUCGUUUCUGUGGCUUUAGACUAAAGUGCCUAUAAAGUUUGUUGUGUGUCUGUGUCUUUGCCUGAGUCUUGUUGAAGUGAAGGCAGUGACCUGCUGGGCUCACACGGUGCCUUCCUCCUGCGUCUGGGUGAAGCUCCGCUGGGAAGAGGUUCUACUGAGUGUGACGUCGAUGCUCGAAUCUCCUGAGCAGAGUAACUGUUGAUGUGAGGAUGAGACCCGGCUGUGAUCAAUAAACUCUUUUGUAAUGACUUGA